UCAAUAUAUUUUGUGUUGAAUGUUUUAUACAAGAUGGUGGCGUUUCUUGUGUCGGUGUUUCUCGCUAUUCUUUCUAGCUGUCUGGCAGCAAAUAUUGUCAUGUUACCGAUGUUUGGAAGGAGCCAUUAUAUGUGCGUCUCCCGGCUUGGACAAGAACUGGCGGAGAGAGGUCAUCAGGUCAAGAUAUAUGUGGGACCGACCCAAAGUUAUGCAGUAAAUGAUUCACUUGUACGAGUCUUCAACGAUGACAAUUUUGCAGCAGGGAUGCGGUCAACAUCAAGAAGUGCUCAAUCCUUAAAAUCGCUAAGUGUAAUAGAAACAUGGCAAAGGCUUUAUAGAUACCAAUCCGUUUACUGUGAUGACCUUCUUAGUAAUACGAAUGUCAUGGAAGAGAUAUCUCACGCAGACCUCGUUGUUGGUGAAUUCGUUUACCUCUGUUCGACUUUAAUUGCUGAUAAAUUCUCACUUCCUCUUGUUAUGGUAUCAGUUACCUCACUGGAUGCACCCACAGCAUUCGCUUUCGGCUUACCCGCCCCUCCUUCCUACAUACCACAGUUUGGAGUUACUCUUUCAGACAUGCUAACCUUUUCGGAAAGAGCAAGGAGUCUUUUAGGAUGGAUUUUUUUGUAUGGAUCGUACAUUUACGAUCUGUGUCCCCCUUUUGAGAAGAUCAAAGCCAAGCACAACAUUACACCCGACAAGAACAUACAAGAAACACUUGGCAGAGUCGACAUAAUAAUCGGUCAAAUGGAUUUCUCGAUAGACAAUCCAAGGCCUCUAUACCCGAAUACACGUGUUGUGGGUCCAUUCAUUGCCAGUCCAGCCAAAUCUCUACCAGACGAGUUAAAUCAGUUCGUGCAGAAGGCUGGGGACGAGGGCGUGAUAUUGGUGUCGUUUGGUACAGUGGUUGAAGCAGUGAGUGACUUAUCACUAAAAAUUAUGGCUGAAACCUUCUCCAAACUACCACAGAAGAUUAUAUGGAAUCUUAAACCGAACGACAGUUCAAAACUCUCCAUCAGCGACAACGUCAAACUUUUGCCAUGGCUACCUCAGAAUGACAUUCUUGGCCACCCCAAGACACGCCUAUUUAUCGCACACGCAGGACUCAAUGGAAUGUUGGAAUCGGCUUACCAUGGUGUUCCUAUGAUAUGUUCACCCUUUUUCGGGGAUCAAUCACACAACGCCCAGGCUGCAAAGCAGGCUGGGUUCGCUGAGGUGGUGGACCUUGAUAGCACAUCAACAGAGGAGUUUUUUAAUUUGAUACAGAAGAUGUUAACAGAUCGACGCUAUCGAGAGAAAGCACAACGAAUAUCAAAAUCUGUACAGCAGUUGCCACGUUCACCCGUCAAGGAAGCCGCUGAUUGGGUGGAAUAUACGCAAGCUCAAGGUGGUUUGCAGUACCUGAGACCUCGUGGCCUGGAUCUGCCGUUUUAUAAGCUCUUCUUCAUUGAUGUUUUAUUCGUGGUACUCUUAGUUUUAGUCGUUGUUUUAUUGAUCAUCAUACUUAUGUUUAGAUCCGUCCUACGCUGUUUGUCAGGUUCCUCAAGGAAACAGAAAGUAAACUAAAGCACGAUCGAGUUAGGAAUCGGUUGUUAUUCUGAUUUGUAUGACCACUUCUUAAAUAAAGUGAUCCAGUUUGUA